ACGACGCCAAUCAUUGAUUUGUUGACUCUAGCAACAAAGAGCGGGCCUUUUUAGACCGCAGUCAAAAAUUGCAAGUAUUUGAUAGUUUUUCAAAUAUUUCCAGUGUUAACACAUCACUUAAAUAAUAUUUAACUGUUAUCUUAGAUAUUAUUUUAAAAAAAUGUAGUUUUUAAAGGAAUUAAGCGCGCUUGAGCCGAAAAAUGGUGCGUCCACCGGAUGAACCUCGGCGACAAGUGGAGGGGAACCCAAUCAGGUUGGAUUCCCAGGUUAGAAGAGGAAGAGCUGAUCCUUACAGAGAAGCUGCCGUUUUCCGGGCACCUCAUCGAGUAGUUGGCAGAUCCCGUUCUCGUUUGUCGAGAAUAAGAACAGAGCCAAUUGAUGAAGUCAACCGGGACAAUGCGAUUUCUCGUCGGAUUUUCCAAAACAUGCACAUCCGUAACAGGUCGAACAACAUUGAGCAUAACUCGAUGGUUCACAGAAAUUACCUGGAGCAAACCACCCCAGCCCAUUUAAAUUUUGCGAACCAAAGGGAAAAAAUAAGCCUGGCUUUACAAAAUUUCGAACCCUCAAAAAUCAAACCCCCGGGUGCCCCCAAAACGGGACCAUCAACAGCAAUUUAG